AUGAGCCCCCCCGAACAAACUCGUGACAGUAGCCAAACUCGAGCUAUCAGGCCCGCUGCAACUGGUCACGAUGCUGGUUUCCCGCUGACUCUCUCUGAACCUCACCACAAUCACAUCCAAGCUCCAGUUCCGACUGUCUUUGACCAUGCGCGACCAAGAGCUCCAUUCGAUCUGGUGAACGACAUCAAAGGCCAAGAUGCCACUCCCCGCCCAUUCGUCGGCGGCCGUUUUCUGAGAGACUUUGGAGAUGCUUCGCGCUCACCUACACAGAGCCCUUUUCGCCUAGCCAUGCCGAGCAUGUCUCCUGGUCAGCUCGCGUUUUCCGCCAUGCAGUAUCUGCCUGUACCAACACUGGUCCUCAAUAACCUGAAGACAGUUGUCCUUGCCAACGAAGCAAUGGGUCGAAUGCUUGGAAUUCUUACAGAUGAUUCAGAUGAGGAAGCGCUUUCUAUUAUCGACCGCCUUCGGGGCCAAACGCUGUCCCAAGUUGGCGUUGAUAUCCUGCAGGAUGGACAGCCCGUGUGGGCAACAUGGGAAGCCUUUCUCGACUCUCAAGUAGAUGAAAUGGGCGUGCGAACUGCAGCAAAAGAUCCACGAUGGCCCCCACGAUCUGGUGGCGAUGCGACACCAACCGCGAGCACGAUGCCUGUUCCCGAGCGACGUCCAAGCCCGCCCGCUCGCAGGCAUCAGGAUUCCAUUGUAGAAGUUGUGAUUACACGUAAAGGCGCCAGCAAGGUGGCUCUUGACGGACAUUUCCCCCCCAGAGAAUCGGGUUGUCAAGUAUAUGCCAAGAUGAUCAUCACAAUAUGGGAACUCGAAGAUCAUCAGACCUUCUUCACACUCACCUUCACUAGCACAGACUCCCCAUCCUCAACACUUCAUAGUACCAAAAAGUCGGUCGCAAGACCAAGUGUCCUCGAAGCCGCCGAUCGAAAAACUAUCACACAUUCGAACCCUCCUUCGGUUGCGUCAAGUCGAGAGUCCAGCUCACCUUCUUUCCACAGCCCAGGGAUUGUCACUAUGUCCUCUAGCCCUUUCCCGCCGAUGGGCCCCCCAUCUGUUGCGACUCAUUCAAGCACGCCCUCCCUUCUACAAAAGAUGCUACUGAUGAAGGAUGCUCUGCUCAACAACACUCAAAUGCCCAUUCUUGCUAUGUGGAAGGAUGGCAGUGUCACAUUCCCAAAUACGGCUGCUCGGAAGCUUUUCGAGAAAGAAGCACCUCUUGACACAUCCCUCAACGGCUUUGACCUUAUGAGAUACUUUCACAUAUAUACCGAGGACUUCUCACGGCGCCUUAGUAUUGAGGAAAUACCGAUCUGUAAGCUGCUCAAGACUGAGAAACCUUUUACGGGACAUCGAGUUGGCAUGUACGAUGAAAACAAAAGCAAACGGGUUUACGAUAUUCUUGGCGAGGCGAUUCGAGACGAUUCCACAGGCGAAUUUCUUGCUGGUGUCGUUACAGGACGCGAUGUUACUGUCAUGACUGAGGAAAUUACGCAAAUCAAGGAGCGGGACGAGGAGAGAUUCAAAUUGAUUUGUGACACAAUGCCUCAGCUAGUUUGGACGGCAACAACAGACGGUUUGGUUGACUUCUGGAAUACUCGGUUCUACGCUUAUACCGGGUUGUCUCCUGAGAAUAGCCUUGGCAAGUCAUGGGUGAACGCUUUUCAUCCAGAUGAUCUUCCUGAAGCCAACAGACGAUGGCGACACUCACUUGACACGGGCGAAAGCUAUAUGACGGAAUAUCGAUGUCAAAGUAAAGAAGGCGACUGGCGUUGGUUUCUCGGUCGAGCGCUUCCCCAGCGCAAUAAAGAAACAGGCGAGGUUGAGAUGUGGUUCGGAACUUGCACCGAUGUUCACGAGGGCAUUCAGACCAAGAUGACCGCGAAACGUACACGACAACAACUCCUCAGCGUUAUUGCACACUCCCAUGUUACCAUAUUCACUGUCGACCCAAAUCGAAGGGUUACAAUGCUCGAAGGCGCAUUGAUCUGGAAUAAUACCCACGAAGAAAACCAUGACGGAACGAGAUGGUUUAUUGGGGAGAAUAUGUACACUGUUUUCAACCGUCUAACUGCGCAACUUGCGGAUGGAGAGCGUCCCGCAUUCCUUGAGCCUAUAGAGAAUCUGCUUGACGGGAAAGCCACUGAAGACCUCAAGGAACACGGAAUUGACGAUCGCUGGUACCGAACCCGCUUCCUCCCGAUGUUUGGCAAAAGAACGCAAGAAGGAAAUGCUACAAACGACACCUAUAUCGAAGGCGUCAUUGGUGUAAUUAUGGACGUAACCGAACUCAAAGUUCGCGAGGAAGCCUUAGAGAAGCAAUCCAAAGAAAAGCGGAAGGCUAUGGCCAAUGAGGCGGCGGCCAAGGAAGCCAACAGACUGAAGAGCCAGUUCCUCGCUAACAUGUCUCAUGAGAUCCGGACACCCAUCACAGGCGUGCUCGGCAUGGCUGAGCUAUUAGCCGGAAUGGAGCUUGACGAGGAACAGCAAGAAUACGUCGAGAAUAUUCAGAGUUCAGCGACGUCACUCCUCACUGUCAUCAACGAUAUUCUGGACUUUUCCAAGGUGGAGUCUGGACGAUUAGAUAUUGAAGAGGUGCAGUUCUCGUUAUCACACAUCGUGAAAGAAGUGGGAAGAAUGCUCCAGUUUGCCGUUGAACGCAAAAACCUCGACUUUCAAUCAGACAUUGGAGAUGGCAUUGAGAACGAUUUGGUAGUUAUAGGAGACCCGGGCCGCGUGCGACAGAUUCUCACCAAUCUCCUUACCAACAGCAUAAAAUUUACGAAUCAAGGAUACGUCAGAUUCUCGGUUACUGCGGAAAAGGAGACAUCAGAGUCCAUCGAGGUUCGGUUCACAGUUGAAGAUUCUGGUAUUGGUAUUCAGGAUGAUGUUCACAAGAAACUUUUCCAGCCUUUCAGCCAAGGCGACGCCUCGACAGCCCGACGAUUUGGUGGCACUGGACUGGGUUUAACUAUUUGCAAGAAUCUUUUGGAUCUGAUGCAUGGUCGUAUAACACUCGAGUCGACUGUUGGUAUUGGAACUUGCGCAACUUUCUGGAUCCCUUUCAACAAACCAAGCGGCCCGGCUGAGACCAGUCUUGCUAAUGCUGGUGCUAUUCCUGACCGACUUCAAUCAGAGUUGAGCUUGUCCUGCAAUAGUUCGGAAUAUGACCAAAUCAUUGGCACUCCUCCGCCUUUUGACGGCGCACAUGGAAACACAUCCGGAUCAUGUCGAACUCGAUUCGGCAUAUCAUCUACCUCCAGCCCUGAACAAGAAAUGACAGCAUCGGAAAGGGCCAAGAUUCAUGUAUUGGUGGUCGAAGACAAUCCUAUCAACCAGAAGAUCGCCACGAAAACCAUCGGUAAACUUGGCUUCCAAGUUACAGCCGCUUGGAACGGCAAAGAAGCUCUUGAGUACCUCGCUGGUGUUCACAGAGGUAUCAAACAGAAGCCGGACAUUAUUCUUAUGGAUGUGCAGAUGCCUAUCAUCGACGGCUAUAAAUGCACUCACCUUUUAAGACACCAUAUGCCUUACAAACCGUUAGUUCAAGAUGUACCGAUUGUGGCCAUGACAGCAUCAGCGAUUCAAGGUGAUCGCGAAAAGUGCACCAAGGCAGGCAUGGAUGAUUAUUUGGCCAAGCCGGUUCGGGGCGUCAUACUGGAGAAGAUGCUUCUACGAUGGUGCCACGCACGACGCAGAUCAGCAGCACCGGAUCCCACUGCUUCAGACUGCUCAGAGAUGAGUGAACACUGUGAUAACGCCGACAUCCCGAAUGUUGGUAUCGACGACGACGAUGUGCCGCCUGCGUCUGACGAUUUUAACGGCAGCCCUGUUACGCCUCGGCCAUUGACUACCAAUGGGUAUCAGAACGAGCCAUCUCCGUUUGAUUCCACUGAAAUACCACCCCAGGUUCGACGGCCAGAAGGAGAGACGGAAUGGUCUAACAGACUCCAAGAAACGAAACUCAUUGAUGCCGCAGGGGGGUCACCAAAUUACCACCGGCGUAAUUCCUAUCACGAACUACAGACAGGGGAUUCAUUGACAGAAGAGAAUGUCAACAAACUAAAGAUCGAGAAUCAGUCGGCGACACGGCGUUAA